AUGCCCUGCACCUGCGUUCCACCGCCAGCAGCUCACUGCCGGAGCCCCUCCCCUUCAUUGUAACGGAGCCCAGGUGACGGCAGCCAUGCCCCUGAAUGCCUGUUACCAGGAGGUGGUGACCUUCGAGGACGUGGCUGUCUACUUCACCCGGACAGAAUGGGCUGGCCUUUCUCCUGCACAGAGAGCCCUGUACAGGGAGGUGAUGCUGACAAAUUAUGGGAACUUGACUUCCCUGGGGGCAAAAACUCCUAAACCCUCAGCCCCAGAAAAUGUCAGGCAGGGAUGGAGGGAGAAGUCCGAGGAUACCCAGUUUGCAGACUUGCCCUGAUCUCACUUCUGGAAGGAGGGGAUUUGCGUUGGGGCCUGGAGCCACAGGACGAUCUACCACAGGAGAAUACCAGUGAUGUCUCUAAAGGUCUCCAAGGACCGCAGGUUAAGAAGCCCCGCCCCGCUGGGGCCCAAAGCCAGGGGACCACCGAGCGGCGCGCUCUGGCGUCCUAGAGAGGAAGCACGUGCGGCUUGGGCGACGCAGCCUGCGCGGUGACGCGCUUCCGGUCACGCCGCACAUUGCGCCUUUCUGAGCCCCUGCCUUUCACUGAGAGGGAGCCCAGGUGAUGGCAGCCAUGUCCCUGAAUGCCUGGCAUCAGGAGUUGGUGACCUUUAAGGACGUGGCUGUCUACUUCACCGGGACAGAAUGGGCUGGUCUUUCUCCUGCACAGAAGGCCCUGUACAGAAGUGUUAUGCUGGAGAAUUAUGGGAACUUGACAUCCCUGGGAUACCCAGUUCCCAAACCUGCCCUGAUCUCACUUCUGGAGGGAGGGAAUUUGCCUUGGGGCUUGGAGGCACAGGAUAACCCAUCUGCAGAGAGGACCAAAGACAUCUGUAAAGAUACUGAGACCAACGUUGGCAGUGAGUCCACAUCAACACAGGGAAUUUCUGAAGAAAGAGAUGUGAUAUUGUCACAUGGUUUGCAGAAGAGUGUUGUUCAGGGAGCCAACUUUCUAGAAACCUGUGAACUGGAAAAGCACCAGGAAAUCCCCACAGUGAGAAAUAUUAAAGGAAAGAGUCCAAGAAUCCACUGUACAAGAAAACCCUUCAGAUGUGAGGAGUGUGGGAAAUGCUUCAGUUAUUUUUCUUACUAUGUUAGACACCAGAGAAUCCACACCGGGGAGAAACCCUUUGAGUGUAAUGAGUGUGGAAAAGCCUUUAAUGGCAAUUCUUCAUUAAUUCGGCACCAGAGAAUCCACACUGGAGAGAAGCCCUAUCAAUGUGAAGAGUGUGGGAGAGCCUUUAAUGAUAAUGCAAAUCUGAUUAGGCAUCAGAGAAUCCACAGUGGGGACAGACCCUAUCUCUGUGGAGAGUGUGGAAAUAGUUUUACCAGUAGUUCCGAGUUUGUCAUACAUCAGAGAAUCCACAAUGGGGAGAAACCUUAUGAGUGUAAUGAGUGUGGAAAAGCUUUUGUUGGAAAUUCACCACUACUUCGACAUCAGAAAAUCCACACUGGAGAGAAACCCUAUGAAUGUAAGGAGUGUGGCAAAAGCUUUGGAAGGACUUCUCAUCUUAGCCAACAUCAACGUAUUCACACAGGGGAAAAGCCUUAUUCUUGUAAGAUAUGCGGGCAGGCCUUCAAUUUUCAUACAAAACUAACUCGGCACCAGAGAGUCCACAGUGAGGAGAAACCCUUUGACUGUGUAGAUUGUGGAAAAGCCUUUAGUGCUCAGGAACAAUUAAAAAGGCAUCUAAGGAUCCAUAUUCAGGAGUCUUCCUGUUUAUGUGAUGCCUGUGGAAAAGUCUUCGCUAGCAAAAGAAAUUUUCUUCAGCAUCAAAGAAACCACACUGCAGAGAAACCCUAUGAGUGUGUCGAGUAUGAAAAAACCUUUAGGACUUCUUCCAGGCUAGGUCAUCAUGAGCAUAUCCACCCCGGAGAGAAACCUGUUGUCCUAGACAUUUGUCAUUUUGGCCUCCCAGAAUUUUUCACCCCCUUUUACUGGUAAUAGUACACUAAAUUUCCCUUUGGAUUUCAUCUUCCACUCAGGAGCAGGAUAUGUGACACAGGCCUGGCUCAGCUGCACAUUCCUUCCCCUAAACCAUAGCUGUUGGUUCAGAUGUCAGUAAUUUACCCAGCAUGGUCCAAUUACAGUCCCAGGACUUGGCAAGAGUUAAUAGGAAGAAAUAACUCUUCUU